AUGUCUUCCCCAGAACAGGAGGAGAAGGAGGAGGGUCCUAACCUGCAGCUGAGUUGUGUCUUUGGGAGGACUUCACAGGCCCCCCACUCCUCGCCCAAGGAUGCUGAGCCAGAAGAGCUCACUGAAUAUUAUCCACCGGAGACUCUGUGUCUGAGCAGAACUAAGCUGAAGCAUGUUGCACAAAGUAUUCUGACAAAUAGCGCACUGAAGCAUUUGUAUCUUGAAGGCAAUCAGAUAUGCAGUCUCCCAGAUUCAAUGUUCUCCAGCUUGCCCAGCCUGCUGUGGCUAGAUCUCAGAAAUAACCAAAUUGCAUCACUCCCUGCUGAAAUUGGCUCACACAGAUCUCUGAAAACUCUACUACUGGAAGGGAAUCCCAUCUCAGAGCUUCCACCAGAGCUGGGAUAUGUGAUUAGCCUUAAAGGCCUGAACCUGCGGAACUGCCCCAUCAGCUUCCCUCCACAGGAUAUUGUGCGCCAGGGUCUCCAGUGCAUCCUCAAGUACCUGAGGAGUGUUAUGGCUGAGCGACCAGUUAGCGUGAGGAAGACCCCCCCAGAGUUGCCAGUGAUGGAGAAACUCCAGCUAUCAGGGCUGAUGGGGACAAGCAUGGAGGAGCAGGAUGAGUCAGUGGAUGAAGACGAACUGCAGUGGUUCAUGGAACUCAAACACAAGAUGAUCCUCCUGGAAAAAGCAGAACUGGGCUCAGUUGCUCAGGGUGAUGGAAACACAAAGUCAUGCCUUCAUCCUAUUACUAAAAGAAAAAAGGCGACUACCAGGGCCGGCAUAAUCCCAGAGCUCCGAUUGUUUGACACUCAGCAGUAUAAGAGACCCGAAGAAAGAACACAGGCUGCAAUGAAGGAGCUGAAAGAGAAACAAGACAUUCUCGAACAGAGAAAAAAAAGCCAAGAGGCUCUUCGUAAGUGGCGCACACAAGCCAGGAGCACACAGGACAAGAAAAUGUUGGAGAACAACCAGAAGAAGCAAGAAAGGCAAAGAAAACGAGAGGAAGCAGAAACAGAUUUAGAGAAAGGCGUGGGGGACAGCAGUGAUGGUCCUCAAAGGCAAACGCCCGGCAUGUCCAUCAUCGAGUGUGAUGAGGCCAGAUCAGCCCGCAGGCUGGAGCGGCAAAUCCGUGCCCAUGUUGAAAAGAUGCAGGAGAGACACAGAAAUCCCAGGGGCACGGCCACCGAGCAGAUUGCAGCAGCAGAUCAAGAUGUGGAGGAGAUGAGAAAGCUGCAGGCUCGACUUCUUGAGAAAAGACGAGGAAGAGGUGGAGAAAAUUGCUUUACUAUCUUCGGUGGAGACACCUGGCCGAGUUUCCUUGACAAGUGA